UGAGGUAGGAAAGCCACACCAGAAGGUUAUCUGUGCAGAAACAUAUGGCGCGUGCUGACUGAGUUACUGUGAAGUGAAGUUUGUUCAAUAUUAAGAAAUGUUGUGAAUAUUGUGGCAAGUGAUAUGGGUUGAGAAGCAAGGUAACGGUGAUUUCAACGCUGGAUUAGAACGACACAUAGUGUGAAGACGCUGUUAAAAUGGGGCGGAGCUGUGAGUUCCUUUGGGGCAUACUGCUUCUCCAGUUCUGUGGCGCAGGUUGGAGCCAGCUAACAGACAAUAACACGCCUCCGGUCAUCUACUUGGACAGGAAUUGGGUCAUCCAGAACACGGAUCCCGUUGGAGAGGUCAUCGCCAGGGUCAAAGCGGAAGACCCAGAAAAGGACCAUCUGGAAUAUGGACUGGAGGCGAAGGGUUACAAUGGAGCGGGUUCACCGCAGAGACCCCUGCCCUUCGCCAUCAACAGCACCACGGGAGUUGUCAAGAUCAACGAGUCACUUAUCAACAGGGGAGGCGAGCAGCUGUUCCUCUACGUCACCGUGUUCGACGGUCAGGUAAUGAGUAAGACGGAGGUGUGGGCGCGAAUUCGUAACUCUUCAGCCGCCCCCAACUCCACAGAGCUGAAUAAUGAUAGGCCUCCGCCGGGGGCAACAGUCUUCCUACCAAAUUUUGGCCCCCAGUUCCCGGGAGCAGGUGGUUCCGGAGGUGGCAACAUUCCACCUGGUUUCAUUCAACAGUCCCCGCCUGUGCCAGAGAUAAGUCACAAGCCUAGACCGCCGCCACCACCGCCGCCGCCGCCGCUGUCACAAGAGCAGACAACCUUGAGAACUGCUUCCCCACCCGAAGAGCUAGAGCCCGUUAGAGAAGCUGAGACUACAGAAACAUUUCUGACACCCCCACCUGGAGGUGGCAGUGUUCAACACAACAUGAGCUCUGUUGAGGGCACGGUGACCUCAGUUCCUGACCUCACAGCAACCGUGAUACCCAUUUCCGUGGUGUGUGGGCUCUUCGUACUGGGAGGGGCAAUCGCGUGGCUCUUCCGUCGUAAGUUGUGUCGCCACAGGAAUAAGGGUAACAAGGAAUAUAUGCAUAAGGAGCCAUCUAGCGGCAUUGUGCUGGAAGAGCCCAUGGCGCUACAGCACUGGCGGGGUCCCCGCGCCCACAGCAAUCGUUAUGAGGGCUGGGAUCGGGACACAAACCUGCAGCAACUGACACCAGGAAACACCAAGCCUGAUGACCGUUGGGAAUUUCCCCGGCACCGCCUCAAGGUGUUUAACAUCCUGGGAGAAGGAUGCUUUGGACAGGUGUGGCGCUGUGAGGCCCUUGACAUUGAUGGGCGGGAAGGCACGACAGUAGUGGCUGUGAAGACAUUGAAAGAGAAUGCUUCAGAUAAGGAGCGCUCAGACUUGGUGCAGGAGCUCCAGGUCAUGAAGAUGCUAGAGCCACACCCCAAUGUGGUCCGACUGCUGGGCUGCUGCACUGAGAAAGAACCAACGUUUGUUAUCAUGGAAUAUGUUCCACAUGGCAAGCUACAAAGUUUCCUACGCAAUUCACGUGCUGAGCGUUAUUAUGGUAACCUGCAUGGUCCCAGCAACAGUCUGACAUCGAGAGAUCUGACUUCUUUUGUAUAUCAAGUAGCUCGUGGCAUGGAAUUUCUCUCUUCAAAGGGGAUCAUCCAUCGUGAUCUCGCAGCAAGAAACAUCCUGGUAGGAGAGAAUCACAUCUGCAAAGUGGCAGAUUUUGGUUUUGCCCGAGAUAUCAUCUCAAGUCAUGUGUAUGAGCGAAAAUCAGAGGGUCGUCUUCCAAUUCGCUGGAUGGCACCUGAAUCCUUAUAUGACAACAUAUUUUCUGUCAAGUCUGAUGUUUGGAGUUUUGGAGUUCUCAUCUGGGAGAUUGUGACUCUAGGCUCCACACCAUACCCUGGUCUUGCUGCAGCUGAGGUCAUGAGAAAGGUGCGCGAUGGGUACAGGUUAGACAAACCAGAGCACUGCCGCAGAGAGCUGUACAACAUCAUGUAUUACUGCUGGGAUAAGGAUCCUAAAGAACGCCCUAGUUUCAAUGAACUAAUUAAGUUGUUAGAGCAACUCUUGCUUACAGAGACUGAUUAUAUAGAGCUUGAGAGAUUUCCAGACCACUCGUACUACAAUAUGGUAAAUCUUAGCAACGAGAAACUCUAGCACAAAACACUGAGAAAUGGGUGUCGCUAGAAAUACAAUAUGGAGGGACACUCUUCCUCCAGAUAAGACGGUGAAAACAAAUUUCACUGUGCAGGAAUGAAUAUUGUUGCACAUUUGUGUUAAUCAACUGUGGUGAUCAUCUUCAAUCAGAAUCAUGCUGUCACAUCAAAUGUUGGUUAUUGUAGACCUGCUUUUAAAUCUCACUCGAGUGCUUAUGGUUAUAGUGAAGUCUUCAUCUCACCUUCCUCCCUAAAAGAAAGGCAAUGCAACGGUGAAACAAGUUUUGGCCACCCAAAGUAAUGUUGUGAAGGAACUUAUAUUUUAAUUGUGAGAACAAAAGUGUUCACUGUGUUGUACCUGCAGCAAAUAAAAGUAUAGUGUUUGAGCUUAAAACAUAGACAACAUGACUGUUGUAUCUCUAUUACAUGGCUGUUACAUCAUGAAUUAUCAUAGGGUAAAAGACUGUACAUUUUCUUCCUGAAACGUAUCCAAAGGUGCAUAUAAAAGAAAGUGGUAUUCAGCACAUCAGUGCCAGUAUAUAUAUAUAUAUAUAUAUAUCGACUUCAAGUCACACAUAGCAGAACAAUCUGCAAACCUUGCACUUAAUAAAAUUUCCAGUAACUUUAAAUGUCUUUCACUUGUCUUAAUAAAUAGCAAUCCUUAAAUUUUAAAAUAAAAAUUUAACUUGAAAUGCUAAUCAUGUUUGAUGUGCUCACAGUCUAGAGAAGAGAACCCAGGCUUAUGACAUUGAUUUCAAGGUGUCUGGGAAUAUGUUCCAGCUCUUUACAUAAGUAAAUAAAUGAAUUAUAAUUUUGUGACUGAACAACGAAGAUGUUCUGAUAGAUAACAAGCUGCAUACUCAAGGCAAUCAUAUUCAUUAAUCUCCUGCAAUUGCUGCCAGACUCUUUUAUUUCACAUGUCACUACAUUUCAUAAAUUCCUUAUCUGGCUGAAAUCCAAAGUCAAUGAACUGCAGUUAAUGAAUCAUUUGCUCAAGUCAGUCAUUCAAGAGAAUUUGUUAUUUAGGACUGUAAUAAAAUUAAAAAAUAAGCCUUGUUAAUAUUUGUGAUUAAUGUUCACUUUGCAUAAGUUGAUAUGUGUCUUUUUUCUAUCAUUCUCUCACAGAACAGUUGAACAUCACAUUCAGUAAAAUUAAUCUAUCUCUGUUACAAGGUCAUAUUUCCUCAUAAAACUAAUUUAUACAGUCAUGUGAGAGUUAAAAAUUAGAAUAUCUACAUACAGAUCAUGCAAUAAAGUCACAUAAUUUUUUAUUAAUUUUAAUGCAAAUUUUAAACCCAUUUCAUGGUAUUUGAAUUGCAGCAGCUACUGACUAGAUGCCAGUUCCAUAUCUGUUCUCCAGGGUUCUGAUAGCCUCCACUACAGAUUUAUCUUUAGGGACUUCCUGAAUCUCCAAGACAGUCUUGACCUCCUUUAGAAUUGCCUCCCCUACCUCCCAGAAGGCCCCCUCCUCUUUUCAACCCUCCUCUUUUCAACAGGCCUUCAUCUCCUUUUGAUCAGCAACUGUCUUCCAGACAGGCCUUUGUCACUUCACAGCAGGAAUUCUUUACCUCUUGCUUAGCAUUCACUUUGACCUCUAGUCUUUCUGCAAUAGCUAACAGACGUUCAGAGACCUCCAUGAUUAUCUGUCACAUCAUCAGAAAAUAUACAUGAAGUAAGAAGAGCUGUGCCCUUUGCUGUAUUUCACAUUAUCUUCACUGGGCUCUGUAAUAUAGUACAUUAAAUUAAUUUCUCUUGCUAAUAAUGUAAAUAUAUAAUGAAACAAAAAGUUCAAUACUUCCCCUGUCCCUGUCAUUUGUUGCUAAGUAAUGGUUGUCAAUUUAUUUGAUGCCCUUCCUUUGUGAUAUUACAACAACAUGGUUUGCACAAAAUGAUCAAAUUAUGUACUGGUAACUUAAUAUUUCUGAUUAGUAAUUUAUGUAUUUAUAUUUAUAUAUCACAAAUACACAGUGAUAAAUUUGAUGAAUAUUUUAAUAUA